AUGCCUCGAGAGCUCAUUACACUUCAAGUCGGCCAGUGCGGUAACCAAAUCGGAUCGCAUUUCUGGGAGCAUCUGUGUCGUGAACAUGGAAUUGCAAAGGAUGGUACAUUGGAGGAAUACGCAGCUGAGGAACAAGGUGGAGACCGCAAAGAUGUCUUCUUCUACCAAGCAGAUGACGAGCACUACAUCCCACGAGCGAUCCUCGUAGAUCUCGAGCCAAGAGUUAUCAACAACAUCCUUUCAGGUCCAUACAAGAACCUGUACAACCCAGAAAACAUCUAUAGCAGCAAGACCGGAGGUGGUGCUGGUAACAAUUGGGCACAAGGUUACGCAGCAGGAGAGAAGAUUGCCGACGAGCUCAUCGAGAUGGUCGAUCGAGAAGCGGAUGGCAGUGACAGUCUGGAGGGCUUCAUGCUGAUGCACUCGAUCGCUGGUGGUACAGGUUCCGGUCUAGGCUCCUUCCUUCUCGAAAGGCUCAACGACGCCUACCCCAAAAAGCUCAUUCAAACAUACAGUGUCUUCCCCAACUCAGAAGAGACAUCCGAUGUCGUCGUUCAGCCAUACAAUUCGCUUCUCUCAAUGAAGCGUCUCACCAACAACGCCGACAGCGUCAUCGUCCUCGAUAACGCAGCACUCAGCAGAAUCGCAGCAGACCGACUUCACCUCCAGAACCCGAGUUACAGCCAGACCAACCAGCUUGUGGCCACUGUCAUGGGCGCAUCCACCACCACCCUCCGCUUCCCCGGAUACAUGAACAACGAUCUUGUCGGCAUCAUCGCAUCCUUGAUCCCUACACCGAGAGCGCACUUCCUCAUGACUUCAUACACUCCUUUCACUUCCGACAACGUCUCGAGCGGCAAAGCGACCAUGAAAACCACCGUUCUGGAUGUCAUGCGUCGUCUGCUCCAGCCCAAGAACCGCAUGGUCAGCACCCUUGGCGCCUCCAAAUCCAGCUGCUACGUCUCCAUCCUCAACAUCAUCCAAGGCGAGGUCGACCCACGAGAUGUGCACAAGUCAUUGCUGCGUAUUCGCGAACGACACCUCGCCAGCUUCAUCCCAUGGGGUCCCGCCUCGAUUCAGGUUGCACUGUCAAAGCGAAGUCCGUACGUGCCAAGCUCGCAUCGCGUCAGCGGUCUCAUGCUGGCAAAUCAUACCGGUAUCGCCAGUCUGUUCAGAAGGAUGGUGGAUCAGUACGACAGGCUCAGGAAGAGGAGCGCUUUCUUGGAGAUGUACAAGCGCGAGCCUAUGUUCGCGAAUGACCUUUCAGAGUUCGAUGAGGCAAGAGAGACUGUUGCGGAGCUCAUGGCCGAGUACAAGGCGGCAGAGAGCCCAGAUUACAUCACUGGCCAGCCAGACGACCUUUGA